AUGAAUACAAAUUCUGCUAAAUAAAGUGAACAAAAACAAAAUUUACUUUAAAUAUUCACAAUUAUUAAUAUUGCUAUAAUUUCACUUUGUAUGUACUCAAGUUUCUUCACUCUUUUAUUUCCUCCAGCUGAAAAUUACCAAAACACCUAAAUUCUUGGUGUUUUACUGCUUAUUGAGCUUUUGUUGGGUGUUUCAUCUUGGGUGAUGAUAAGAAAAGGCAUUUAAUCUUAAAAAAUAAUGAUUACCUGCUUCUCUUAAAUGAUGACGAGCCUGCUAUUUGGUACUUUGCUGUUAUACAUUUACAUUGAUUCCAAUUUCAAUUUUCUCAAUAAGUAUAAAAUUGUCUCACUUGAAGAAAACUGCUGCUAUUUCUUCUCUCGGCUAUUUAUUGCAGCAUUGACAUUCUCUCAAUCAUACAGCAUAUUUUAUAGCUAAAAUUAAUUAUAUCCCUUGCAACACAAUCUAAUAUUGAUUUAAUCUUAAAAUUCUCUUGAUAGAUAAUCAAAUUUCUAUUGA